GUUUAUUCAUAUCAUCAUGCAUUAAUUCAGACCUUCAUACAUUAAUUUAUUCAUGCAUACUGGUCCUGAACAUCCAUUUGAUUAAUUUAUCCUUUAUUCAGCUUCAAGGUUGGAAAAAUCUUCUUCUCCCUCCUUGUCCAACAACAUCAGUAUAAUUUAGCUCAUAAAAUAUAAAGGUUUUUUUAGCCAGCAAUAAGUCUGGUGGGACUGUUGCCACCUUGAUCAUCAGUAGGUAGGUAUGAACACAUUUAUUCACUAGAGGGCGACGUAUUGCAGCAUUAGAACAUGACUGGAACUUCAAUGGGCUUACCUCAUUAUGCACACUUGUAACUCAACACGUAGGCAGCGCUGCAUUCACUGACUCGUAUAACUAGAGCUGCCGGAGGCUCACAUUAAUAAAGGACAGUCAAAGUUUGAUGGGUGACACUUCCUCAGCCGUUUAUAUCUCAUAAAGACGGAACAAUGGAGCUAUUGCCUUUACUUUGUCUCGUCUGUGUGGCUUUUACAGGUUUAACCAAAGGAGCUGGUGUGUUGCCAGACGGCCCUCUGAAUGCAGCUGUGGGAGGAACGGUGAUGUUCACCACAACACUGACUCCACAUGAACACACAAUUGUAACAGUGAGCUGGAUAUAUGGUGGUAUUAAACCUGUUUUCACUUUCACUGGUGACAACAUUACUGAACCAGAGUAUGAAGGCAGGAUCACCUUCUUCAUGUCUACUGGAUCUCUGGAGCUCAGGAAUCUGACUCUUAGUGACAGUGGAGUCUACAGCGUUAGCAUUAUACUAGCUGGACAACCACCCCAACUUGGGAACACAAGACUGGACGUAUAUGAUCCAGUUACUGUUCCAGUGGUAACUGCCAGCAGCACAGACAUGAUGGAGUUCAACAGCUCUGUCCGUCUGUCCUGCUCCUCCUCUGGAUCCUCUCUCUCUUUCCUCUGGUUGAACAGCAGCUCUGAGGUUACAGAGAGUGACAGAGUUCAGCUCACUGAUGGAGGCACCAACCUCACUAUAACUAAUGUGACCCGCUAUGAUCAGGGACCUUUCAGGUGCAAGGUCUCCAAUCCUGUAAGCUCUAACACCAGUGAACCAAUAAACCUCUCCAUCAGCUAUGGCCCAGAGAAUAUUAAUUUGACAAAAUCUCCACCACAAGAAUACUAUGCUGAAGGUUCAGACAUCAACAUGACGUGCUCAGCUGACUCCAGACCUGCUGCUCAGUUUCAAUGGUUUCUGAAUGGAGAGCUGCAGUCUGAUACUGGAUCAGAGCUCAGACUGAUCAACAUUCAGAUGAGUCAGAAUGAAAGCAUCUACAGCUGUCAGGCCUUUAACAACAAAACUCUGAGAUAUGAAACAUCUCAGCCUGCGGUUGUCUCUGUACUGGUGCUAGUUACCAAUGUUGUGGUAACUUCAAACCCAACAGACUUGUUGGAGUUCAACAGCUCUGUCCGUCUGUCCUGCUCCUCCUCUGGGCGCUUCCUCUCUUUUCUCUGGUUGAACAGCAGCUCUGAGGUUACAGAGAGUGACAGAGUUCAGCUCACUGAUGGAGGCGCCAACCUCACUGUAAUUAAUGUGACCCGCUAUGAUCAGGGACCUUUCACGUGUAAAGUGUCCAAUCCUGUCAGUGAGGACACCAGUGAACCAAUAAACCUCUCCAUCAGCUAUGGCCCAGAGAAUAUUAAUUUGACAAUAUCGGCAACACAAGAAUACUAUGCUGAAGGGUCAGACAUCACUUUGACGUGCUCAGCUGACUCCAGACCUGCUGCUCAGUUUCAAUGGUUUCUGAAUGGAGAGAUGCAGUCUGAUACUGGACCAGAGCUCAGUCUGAUCAACAUUCAGAUGAGUCAGAGUGGAAACUACAGCUGUCAGGCCUUUAACAGCAAAACUCUGAGAUCCCUAAUGUCUCAGCCAUCAGUUGUCUCUGUACUGGAGAGAAUAUCAGGUGCUUUAAUCAAACCAUCAACAAUCCUGGCGAUUGAGGGGAACUCUUUCAACUUGACCUGUGAGGCUCUGGGCUCUGUGUUUACCAGAGAGUGGAAGAAGAGAGACUCAGAUCUGAUUCUGACUGAAGACAUGACUCUGCACGACAACAACAGAGUGCUGUCUUUUAGCAGUCUGAAUAAAAAACACCGUGAAAUAUAUGACUGUAUAGUCAGCAACCCUCUCGGCAACGACAAAGCUACAUUCAUCUUGGAUGUGAAGUAUGGACCAAACAAUGUUACAAUCACAGGUCUACAUGAGAUACAAUUCAAAGGCCCUUUAAAAUUAGAGUGCUCUGCUGAUUCCGUACCACGUGCUACUUACAUCUGGAAACUGAAUGGAACAGAGAUAGACACAUCUUAUGUUUUCACUAAAGACAACGCUGAAUUCAACGACAGCGGCAGCUACAUCUGUGAAGCAACGAACGCUAUAACUGAGAGAACAUCUUCGUCUGCAGUCCAUGAAUUGUCUGUAACAGAAAACCCCCCAGUAGGAGGAGGAGGUUUAUCGAAUGGUGGCAUCGCUGGAAUAGUAAUCGCAGUUUUAGUGGUGUGUGCAGCAGCUGGUGGUGGAGGGUUCUACUUUUAUAAAAAAAAACAAACAGGAAACCCCUUCACCUCCUCCUCCAGAACCGGAGGUGAAGGCCGGGAAAACAAUGCAUACGCAAGUCAGGACGUGAAUUAUGCAGACAUCACUAUUUUCCAGAACAAAGAUGGUGGGACAGUCCAGAUGGGGCCACAGAAUAACUCAGAGUACGCUGAGGUCAAAGUGAACAACCCGUCCUCCCCUCCAGAUUAUGAAGCCCACCUGGAGCGAAAGAAGAAUCCAGCUCCUCAGCCCAGUGCUAAUGAUGUUUACGCCCAAGUUCGUAAGAACUGACUGCAGUAGAUAUCAUCAUCCGAUGAGGUUAGACAGGAAGCUAGAAGCAGCUGUAAGGUGCUCAGUCUUCUAUCAAAGGAACUGGGAAGUGAGAGCAGGUUUCUCUAUUUUAGACCUGAGUUUACUCAAAGCACUAUAGCAGUGGUUAAUAAUCAACCAGUCUGUCACAGUUAGCUGUGUCUGAGGGCAGCAGGACAUUCUUGGCCUAUUACUUUGCAUUCAGUCCAUAAUAGAUUCCCUGGCCAUUUGUUUGUGUAUAAAUGCAAAGUGCACAUAUCUGAGCUUGAGUUUAAUGUGUGACACUGCUGAGGGAUCAUAUUUGACUCCAUGUGUAUAUACUGUGUGACUCCAGUGAGAUUAUACUUUUUUUCACUUAGUUUUUUAUAUUUAUUUGCUAGCUUACAAAAUGAAAAAUAUCAUUUAGUUAACAAUAUUUAUUUCCCUUUAUCGGUAUUUGUCAGGGCAUGGAUUCUACUUGAGCCAGUUAGUUUGUCACUGUCACUGUAUUAUGGCCUUGCAAUGAUUUAAUGGUCCAAAGGAACAGUGUAAAAAUCAAUAGAUAUACAUCUUUAUGAUUUAUUCCAUGAUGGUGAAGUUAAACUUUAUUAUGGCACAAAGGGGAGGUCAGCAGAUCAUAAUCCAAAAUGCAAGCAUGCAUAAAAAGAGUGGCUAAUUGUUGCAUGAAGUCUUGAAGUCUGUCCAACAGGCAUGAGGAAACUGUGGCCUGUUUUCCCAUAAGUGAUCAGCAGAGUGACUCAGGACAAGUUCCUCGUCAGUAAAAGUUAAUAUGUGAUUUAAAAAAAAAAGAUAUCUGCCGAUCUAAAAGUAAACAGGGAAUUAAUGCAAAUAAGUAAAACACUGUAAAAAACGCGCUAAUAGGACUUAAGCAUUUUUGUUGGGCAUUAAAUGAAGCGUUGUUGAUAAAGCAGAACACAGAACUAUCCCAUCAAUGUGUGAUGGGAUAGUUCACUUUGAGUUUAAUAAGGUACUCGUGUUUGUAUUAGUAUGGGAGAGGGUUACGCCAUUUCUCAGGACAAUCUUAAGAUGUCCCUUACUUAAAAUAAUAAGUAAAUCUGAAGAAUUUGACAGUGUUGUGCUAUGAGAGCAGUGAGAGUGAAACAAGGCAGCAACAUUGAGCUGAAACUGAAUACUGUGUAAAGCUGAGGGAGCUGCAGAUUCAGGUGCAACACCGUCACCAGCAAAAACUGUUGGCUUUGUACAGAAGUUUUUGUGUCACGUUGUUGAAAAUUAUGUCUGAAAUUAUUGUCUUUAAGCCUGUCCUUUCUUUUUUACAUUAACAAAAUGGUUAUGCCACCUAACCUUAACCCAGUGGUUCCUAAACUGGAGUUAUAAAUACGUACAUUAAUACGUGUAGAAUGUCCUGCAAGGUAAACCUAAAUCAGGUGAUGAAUCUACAUCUGAUGUCACAACUACCAAAACAAAGACGAAAAUAGUAUUUUUGAGGCCUUUCUUGCCCAUUUGACUUCAUUAAAGAGAGACCAUGAGAUCCAACACGUCUGUGGCUUCCAGAAACAUACAAUGCCAACAUUUAUUCUGGGUUGUCGGGUGAUAACUCGCUGUAGGUUCAUCACAACAACCGCCUUUUACAUCGUCACGUUGUUUUCACAUUGUCAUUCAAUAGAUUGUUUAAAAAUAAUGACUAAAGCUUCUUUUUAGAAACAUGUAGAAUGAAUGAAUUGUAACAGACAUCACAACAAAUCCAUGAAGUAACAAGUGGUUAAGUGACAAGUGCCUUUCUCAUUUAAAGAGCCAGACUCCACAUUGACUCAGAGGGUCAAUACUAUCAGACUGUAUAAACAAGUUCUAUUUUAGUCACUCCCUUUUUUUAGAUGAAGAGAAGCAAGUUUCCCAACCCGAGCCAAUGAAUGAAUGAGUAGUUACUCAUUAGUAAAGAUCAAUGUCCCUGUGUGUUUUUCACAUGUUGGGAUGUUAAUAUAUCAUGAUGCUUUUGAUGUAUUAAACAAAACUUACAUGAGGCAUGGGGUAAAAACAAAACCUUAAAACUGACCAACAACCUUUAAAACUACCUGUUAAUUUAUCAAAAGGGCAUUGUUUUUUAAUUAAAUAAAGACGUGGUUUUUGGUCGGUUUUAUUGGAUUUUACAGCACUGUUAACUGCAUAUAAUGUAUUAAAAGUCACGUGCCCUUAAUGUGCUUUUGAAAUUAGGUUUUUUAAGGGGUUAAAUGUUGUUGUUUUUCAAAUUAAGACAGCUCUGUCUACCAUUCAAACCCCUUCUUUUAAAUUUUUUACAUGUUUUCAGGAGUAAUUUUGAUUCUUCUCUCAGACUGAAUCAUUUUGAGUCUCAUGAUUUGUUUAAUUGUUACCUCUGUCCUCUUUUGUUUCAACAUCAGUUUCAUUUAGCUUUUUCUUUAACUGCCAAAGUGAAUGUAUAUGAAUAAUGUUUGACCAUGGAAAGAAUGCAGUUCAUGUAACUCUCAGGUAACAUUUGUAAUAAUUGGAUUACUCAUUCAGAUGAAUAAACUUUUUUAUUUUUGACAUUUA